CGGACACACUCAUUGCCUCACUGUUCAUCCUCGUUGAACACGCUCAUUUCUCCGUUGUCGCAUGCUAUGAAGUUACCCCCAGAGAUUCUCAUACAUGUUCUCAAGCAUCUGCACUCCCCACGCGACCUGUACCACUCUACGUUGGUGUCUCGGAGCUGGUGCGAGUGCUCGGUGGAGUUGUUAUGGCACAGACCAAAUUUUACCAAGCUGUCGACGCUGGUCAAGAUGAUGCGCAUCCUGGCUCGCGAGGAUCAGACGUUCCUAUACGCACGGUUCAUACGACGCCUCAACUUCUCUUACUUGGGCGCCGACCUCACAGACUCCCUGUUCUCCCGGCUCGCGCAGUGCGUGAGGCUGGAGCGUCUCACCCUCCUGAAUUGCAGCAACAUCUCGGACGGUGCACUCGCAAGAGUACUGCCAUGCUGCCCCAAUCUCGUCGCGCUGGAUCUCACAGGAGUUGCGGAGGCGACAGACAGAGCCGUCGUCGCACUUGCGUCCUCUACGAAGCGAUUACAGGGUAUCAACCUCGGUGGGUGCAAGAAGCUUACGGACAAGGCGAUUCAAGCACUAGCUGCCAACUGCCCCCUCCUCCGAAGAGUCAAGCUUGGUGGGCUCGAACUGAUCACAGACGAGGCGGUGUCUGCGCUUGCCAAAUCAUGUCCUCUGCUUCUCGAGAUCGAUCUUACACAUUGCAAACAGAUCACAGACGUGUCUGUGCGCGACCUCUGGACGUUCUCAACCAACAUGCGGGAAAUGCGGUUGUCUCACUGCUCAGAACUCACCGACGCCGCGUUUCCAGCCCCACCGAAGAGCGAUGUUUCUAUCGAUGGUCCCAAUCCAUUCCCCACCUCCAAUACGUUUCUCGGCGACAGGCUGCCGCCCUUGCGCAUCACACGCCGCUUCGACCACCUACGCCUCCUUGAUCUCACAGCCUGUUCGGCAAUUACCGACGAAGCAAUCGAGGGCAUCGUCUCCGUUGCACCGAAGAUUCGAAACCUUGUUUUGGCGAAGUGCUCGCACAUCACGGACCAUGCGGUGGAGUGCAUUUGCGCUCUGGGCAAAAACCUGCACUACCUGCAUCUUGGACACGCGAGUAACAUUACCGACCGCUCGGUGCGCACCCUGGCCCGCUCGUGUACCAGGCUUCGAUAUAUCGACCUCGCUAACUGUUUGCAACUCACGGAUAUGUCCGUGUUUGAGCUAUCUGCACUGCCGAAGCUCCGCCGUAUUGGUCUGGUACGCGUAAGCAAUCUCACAGACCAAGCCAUAUAUGCGCUCGGUGAAGGGAACUCCACUUUGGAACGCAUACAUCUGUCGUACUGUGACCAGAUUACAGUCUUGGCUGUACACUUCCUCCUCCAGAAGCUACCGAAACUCACUCACCUCAGCCUUACUGGUAUACCAGCCUUUCGACGCACCGAGCUGCAGCAGUUCUGCCGUGAGCCUCCCCCGGAAUUUAACUCCACACAACGAUCGACGUUUUGUGUAUACUCUGGCAAGGGCGUCUCGGACUUGCGGAACUAUUUGUCAGAUUUAUACAAUGCCAUCACGGACGACAACGCACAGCAGAGCGGAACCGAAUACGAAUACGAAUCGGAGGACACGUAUCGCGUACCGUAUGCCACCGCCAUGGACGUCAUUGAUGAUGGAGACGAUGAGCAGGAUGAAGAUGAAGACAUGGAGGUGACACCGGUGGUACGCCAGAACGGCACAAACGGUCAUCACGCAAUACGAGAACCGGUACAACAGUACAUCCCGAUUGAUGUCCAGGCAACACCACAGUUUGCCACACGAGAGCUCUACAUCACAAGAGAGCGCGUCAACUUGCCAACUUCUCGCGGAAGCUCAGGACACGCCUCGCCCACAGGUGCAGCAUCCAUUCCUGGCCCAUCUCGUCGCGGGCGCGGAUUCGGUCAUCAACCCAUCGUGGAAAUCUCAACUUCCCCAGCGCCGAGCGAUGCAGCGUCGAAUCGGAGUGGCGGGACGAAUCACUCGACUGGUACAGGCUUCUUUCGAAACUACGUCGAGGCGGCGAACUCCACUAGGGUAGGGGUGAUCACUCCUGACCUGGUGUUUGCGGAGAUCGGUCAUGGACGUGGGAUGGGUCCUACUCCCGGGACCAAUGGCCAAUUUUCUCCUCGUCGCGAACAGCCGAUAGUCGUCCCCACGAGCCCGCCAUCGCUCGCCACGCGGUUUUCUGGCGUACCAAACGGCGGUUCUUCAUCGCACAUGCCCAUCGUGGAAGACGACCACCGCGUCAACGGCAUCAAUGGCGCUAACGGCUACCCCGUGCUGAACGACUCGUCGAAUUCGUACCAGCGCACGCCGCCACGCACAGAGUCGAGCUCGUCGUGGACGCAGAUCCAACACGAGGAAGCGCAGCCGCUCCCGUCCUCGCCAACGACGCGGGAGCUGCACGACUCGGUCCAGUCUGCGCUCGGCGGCCAGCGGGCGUACGUCGACGGCCGCGAGGUGGACGCCAGGGGCAGGAGCGUGAAGCGCAGCCUGCGUAGCACGAUCAACGCCGCGGAGCACUAUGCGAGUUCCUUCCUCUUUGGACGCGGGUCGAACGUAAGCCUGAAUGAGGGCCCGUCGGCACCGCCGCCCCGCCGUGACUCCGUAGACUAACACUGACAUUGGUUUCUUGUUGUUGUGAGCAGUAGAUGCAUCUGGUUGGAGCAAUCCUUCGUUCCGAGUUUUGAGUUUGGCUCGGUGUAAAUAAUAAUUAAUUUGCGGUGCUUCCUCUUCCUCCACUGUCUACAUACCCAUGAACUCCUAUAAUAUCAUUGACCAGUGUACUACAGUU